UACGUAGUAUUAUGUGAGAGUAUUCAGCUGAUGUGUCGUUGCUUUAAUUUAUUUUUGUUAUUGAAGUUAUAAUUUUUAUUUAAUUAUUUUGUCUAGUUUUUUUAAAAUAAAAAUAGAGAUGGAUGAUAAUGAUAAAUUGCAAAUUGUCAAAGACGCUAUAAAAACUUAUGUUAAUUUUCCAAAAGAAGGAAUAAUAUACAAGGACAUAUUUGGAGUUUAUCAAAAUGUGACAGCUAUGCGUGCGAUGAAUGAUUUACUUAUUGAUCAUGUUAAAUCAUUGAAAAAUGUUGAUGUAAUCGUAGGAUUGGAUUCACGUGGUUUUCUUUUAGGACCAAUAUUAAGUACUGAGCUCGGAAAACCUUUUGUUCCUAUCAGAAAGAAAGGAAAAUUACCAGGAAAUAUUAAACGCGAGAGUUAUACUUUAGAGUAUGGUGAGGCUACAGUUGAAAUCCAAACAGACAGUAUAAGUAAAGGAAAAAAAGUAUUAAUUGUUGAUGAUCUACUAGCGACUGGAGUCAUUGGUUUGAAGAAAGCAGCUAAAAAAACAUUAAAAUUAACUUGACAAAAUUUCAAUAGAAAUAAAUUAAUUAUUACAUUUGUCUUCAUGAUAAAAUUUUUAUAAAAUUUUGCCAUAAUUUAUUAUUAAUUCAUUAAUUUUUAUCUGUAAAUUCAAAAAUGAAUCUCGUUUCAGAUACGAUAAUGGCAUACCCUAGUAGAAAAUACCAUUGAAAAGGUAUAAGGGCAUUUAAAAAAUUUUGUUAUCACUACACUGUGGAAAAUCGGGAGAGAAUACGGAUUUUAUUUCAAUCCGAAGUUUUCAAAAAACAAAAUCGUAUUUAAAAGCGUAAAAGCGACAGCUCAUUUCUGUUAAAUGUAUCUGAAAGCUAAUGAAAUUAGCUUUAAUUUUCGUUAUUUAACUUUCCAUUCCGACAAUUUUUUCGAACAAAUUAAUGACAGAUUUUUUAAAAAAAUUGAAAAAAAAAAUUUUACGGCUUUAACUCUCAAUAUCUUAUAAAUAAUACGUUGCAGGUUAAUUCCAUUAAUUACAUCUUGUAGCUAAUAAAAUGAGCUUCAAAUUACACUUUUAUGACUUUGUCUAAAAAUGAACCGUUUAUUCAUUAUGACGUUCAAACGCAACUAUAUGAUUAAUUAUAAAUAUUGAGCCUUGUCGUCGCGAUAGCGUAAACGAUUUUGAACGGAUUUAAACGAAACUUGACACACAUAUUUUUUGGUUCAAUAGUUUGGUCAAAUUUGAAAAUAAGCUAAAUCGGUUGAUUAGUUUGGAAGUUGUAGACAUUUUUAAUUUUUCAAAUUUGACAUACAAAAUUAUUUAUUAUUAAUUUAUCCAUAAAUUACUUAAAAACAAAAAUUUAUGUGGAUCAUCAUUGAAAGUAUUUUAAAGCUCAUCUAAUUAGCUUCAAUUUUUGUUUCUUCACAUGCCGUUUUGACAAAUUCUUUACAUAAAUUUUUAACCUUGAAGUUCAUAUGGAAAACGUCUAAAAAAUUUAAUUUUUUGACUAAUUUUUAUUUGAUAGCUUGAAAAUAAAUAUAUAAAUAAUAAGAAAUCUACUACCAUUUCGGCUGCCAAAUGACCUUUU